UUGUGGGCAGUGACAGGCGUCUGCAAGUCCAAUGGCUAAAACCACAUUCAUGAAGUCAUUCGCUGGUCACUAGCCUUAGGACUUUCCACCUUGGAGUUCAGUUGGUCCCUGGCGAGACCGCCUUUCUGCUCAAACGGUUUCGUUCAUAUGUGAUUUCGGCCUUUACGUUUUCGUCUCCAUCGUUCUUUUCAUCAAAUCAAACCAAGGGUUAUGGGUCUGGGUCAUUUCCUCGCCUGGCAACAGCCACACGAUCUCCACAAGAUGGCCGCACGUGGGUGGGGCACCAGAGCACAUGGAGCCGCCCCCUAAGGGGUCGCUGGGAUCCGUCUGUUUCUUCCAGCGCUACAAAAUCAGGGUCCCGACAAUGGCGCUCUCAAACUCCAGGACGGAGCAUUCUUUUGUAGCCGAAGCUAGUCCACAAAACUAUCAGAACCAGAGUCCUUACCCUCGAAGCCCCAGCCCCGGGCCGCUCUGCUCCCAGGGUGAGGACAACCUGUCGUCGCGGAGCUACAGGAAGCCCCCCUUCAUCCCCGCCGCCUACCACAAGUCCACGGUGGCCUCCCGCAACAAGCUGAACCCCUGCGCCGUCCGCCUCAAGUCGCAGAGUCCUAAAGGCUACGGGUUUCAUAAAGGUGAGAUGGAGGUGUGGGGCAUGGGGGGGGGGGCUGUGGGGUAA